AUGGAUUUCGAUCUCGUCGUUCGUAAUGGCACCAUUGUGACUGCCUCGGACAUUUGGGAGUCUUGUGAUAUUGGAGUUAAAGAUGGAACCAUCAUCGCUGUUGGUCCUCGUCUUCCAGCCGCACCCAGCGCUCAAGAGAUUGACGCUGAAGGGACUUUGGAGGAGUCGAUGCUCAGUGUGGGCAUUGAUCACUCUAUUGUUACGAAUGGGGUUGUCCCUGAUCCCGAAAACUUUGUCGGUGACACGUUCAAUACGGGCACGCGCAGUGCGAAGGAUGAGAGCAUCAUUGCUGUCAUCGAAGACUAUCACAAGCUCGCCAAGGACCAGUCCUACUGUGACUACGCUUUCCACGUCAUCAUUUCCAAUCCGACACCCCAAAUCAUCGAAGAUGAAUUCCCCUGGAUGGAUUAUCAAAUUCUCGAUGUCAUGUAUUCCGCCCGGAAACUCGGUAUCACUACGAUGGUGCACGCCGAGAAUGCCGAUGUUAUCGACUGGAUGACACAGCAUCUGGAACAGAAGCUCAUGACGCAUCCUUACCACCAUGGUGCAUCUCGACCUCUGAUCGUGGAGGCUGAGGCUACGAACCGCGUCAUUUGUUUAGCUGAACUCAUGGAUACGCCAAUUCUGCUCGUACACAUAUCUGGUGGGCUUGCCACGAAACACAUCCGAGACGCACAAAUGAGGCUGCUUCCUAUCUACGGUGAAACAUGUCCCCAGUACAUGUUCCUUCUCGCUGACUCGAUGCGAAAGGGAGACUUUGAAGGCGCGAAGUGCAUAUGCUCGCCUCUAAUUCGAGAGGACAAGUCCGACCAAGAUGCCAUUUGGGCUGGGGUCAAGAACGGAUCGUUCACCAUCGUUUCUUCAGACCACGCUCCUAGUAAAUUCAAUCAUCCAAGUGGAAAGCAACGCGGGCUCAAAGACGGAAACCUUCCAUAUGGAAAAUUCCAUCUCAUCCCAAACGGGCUGCCUGGUGUGGAAAUUGUCCUAUAUGAUUCAAAUAAUAAUAAUUUUAUCACAACUCGGUCCAUAAGAAUAGUAUCUCCAAGCGAAUGAUACAAUACUUAAUGCGACACAUGCG